AACCAAUAAGUUCAUGCGCAUGCGCAAGUAGCAACAUGUCUGGUGAAAGUAACGCACCGAAGGCUGACCUGGGAUUGCUCGAAGAAGACGACGAGUUUGAGGAGUUUCCCAUUGAGGAUUGGAUGGCGACGGACGAAGAUCCCGGUGAUGCACACGUUUGGGAGGAUAAUUGGGAUGAUGAUAACGUAGAGGACGACUUCUCACAACAGCUAAGAGCUGAACUCGAGAAGAAUGGCAUCCAGACGACUAAACAGAAGGAAGACGCGAUGCAGCAAUGACUUGAGGACGUUUCACAUAGGAGCUGACUGUUAAUUUAAUUCUAUCAUGUGACUUAUGCCAGGCAGUGACCAAACGUGCACACAACAUUCCAUAACACAAACCAAUACAACAGUCUGUUAUGAUGCGA